AUGAAGGGCCGGCGGCGGCGGUGGUGCUGGUGCUGGCGGGGGGAGCCGCGGCGCUUGGCCGUGGCGCUUGGGCUGUACACGCUGCUGCUGCUGCUGCUGGUGCCCUACGCGCUGGACUACGGGGCCAGGCGGGCGCGGGCGGACGAGGAGCCGCUGCUGCGGCGCUGCCCCAGCCUGGAGGAGGCGCUGAGCGAGUGGGGCUGGGAGCAGCGCCCGGCGCCGACGGGCGACGAGGAGGACGAGGAGGAGGAGGAGGGGGAGGACGGAGGGGCGGCGGGGAACGGCACCGGGGCGGCGGCGGGCAAGCGGCACAUCUACCUGCACGCCACCUGGCGCACGGGCUCGUCCUUCGUGGGGGAGCUGUUCAACCAGCACCCCGACGUCUUCUACCUCUACGAGCCCAUGUGGCACCUGUGGCAGGCGCUGUACCCCGGCGACGCGCUCAGCCUGCAGGGCGCCCUGCGCGACAUGCUGCGCUCCCUCUUCCGCUGCGACUUCUCCGUGCUGCGCCUCUACGCCGCCCCGGCCGGCCCCCGCGACCCGCUGGCCCCCGGCUCCCCCAACCUGACCACGGCCGGCAUCUUCGGCUGGCGGACCAACAAGGUGAUCUGCUCGGCGCCCCUCUGCCCCGCCGCCCCGCGGCCGCGCAGGGAGGUCGGCCUGAUCGACGGCGCCGCCUGCGAGCAGCGCUGCCCGCCGCGGGCGCUGCGGGAGCUGGAGGCCGAGUGCCGCAAGUACCCGGUGGUGGUCAUCAAGGACGUGCGGCUGCUGGAGCUGGGCGCCCUGCUGCCGCUGCUCAGGGAGCCCGGCCUCAACCUGCGCGUGGUGCAGCUCUUCCGAGACCCCCGCGCCGUCCACAACUCCCGCCUGAAGGCCAAGCAGGCGCUGCUGCGGGAGAGCAUCCAGGUGCUGCGCAGCCGGCACCGCGCCGAGCCCCGAGGGCCGCCUCGACCGAGGGGACCCCCCGGCCCGCUGGCCCCCGGGCUGCUGGGCGCAGGUCGGGCGCCGCCGCCGCAGCACCGCGCCGAGUUCUUCCUCGGCGGAGCGCUGGAGGUCAUCUGCCAGGCCUGGCUGCGCGACCUGCUGCUGGCACGACGCGCCCCGUCCGGGCUGCGUCGCCGCUACACGCAGCUGCGCUACGAGGACCUGGUGCGGGAGCCCCGCGCCCAGCUGCGACGCCUGCUGCGCUUCGCCGGACUGCCCGUGCCGCCCGCCAUGGAGGCCUUCGUGGUCAACAUGACCCGCGGCGAGGCGUACUCCUCCGAGCGGCCCUUCCUCAUCUCCGCCCGCGACGCCCGCGAGGCCGUCCACGCGUGGCGGGAGCGCCUCAGCCGCCAGCAGGUGCGGCAGGUGGAGGCGGCGUGCGGCGAGGCCAUGAGCCUGCUGGCCUACCCGCUCAGCGCCGACGACGGGCGGUAG